AUGCCGCCGACCGGGAAGGUGCGCGGGGGACCCGCACCCGGCGCGUCGCGCGUCGGCAUUGAUGACGGCACCUCCCGCGAUGAAUUAAUCGAAAAGCGCCCCCUCAUCUCAUCUCAUCGCCCGCCUCUUCCUCCUCCUCCUCCUCCUCCUCCUCAUCCCUCGUCAUCCCACCAGGACGCGAUCCUCGCCGCGGCGCGCGCGAUCGACGCGGGCGCGGCGUGCGACUCCGACGCGGACGCGAACGGCUCCGACUCCGACGCGGACUGGGCGAACUGGGGGGGCGUGGACUGGAAGAACCUCGACGUCUCGCUCUACGACGACGACGACGACGACGACGGCGACGACGACGACGGAGGCGACGACGGCGACGGACCCGCCGAACCGAACGCGCCUCUCCGCCCCGAGGACGUCGGCCUCCCCCCGCGACUCGCGAGCUGGCUCGCGCGGCACCGCUGCGGCGACGUCCGCCGCGCGCGCGACGCCAUCGGUCGACGAUCGAGUCGUUCGAAGCGGACGACGACGCCAGACGCGGACGGUCACGUCGCGCUCGGCGGCGCGCGGCCAAAGUACGCGCCCCUGCACGAGCGCCCGCCCGCGAAGGUGCUGCCGUGCGCGCGCCCGAUGCCGCGCGACGACGACUUCGAGCCGCCGGACGUCGUCGCGAGGAGGAGGGCGCUCGAAGACGCCGGCCCCGUGACGGAGGUGGUCGUCGACGGCGGCGGCGUGAAAUAUUUCGCGCAGAAGUCAAACGCGGCGACGACGGCGGCGGCGGUGGACGCGUUGCGUCGCGCCGCGGUGAGGGAGCGCGAGAUGGACCUUCCGAGAGGCGCGGGUCCCGCGGGGCGGUGGAGUCCGGAGCGCGGCGGCGGCGGGGCGGGGUUGGGCGGGCGCGGGGGGGGGCACGACGACGACGACGAAGAAGAAGGCGGCGGCGGGGGGCUUUUGGCGGCGGCGCUCGCGCGCGUCGGCGCGGGUCGCCGAAACGCCAAAACCGCGGCCGUUUCGCGAGGUCCUGCUUCAAAACGCGGCGGCGCGGGCCUGGCGACGUACUCUCCCGCCGCGGACGCCGCGUUGCUUCGUCUGUUCCCGCCGAACGAGCGCCCUCUGAUCGAUCAGACGAUCGGCGUGCACUCGAAGAGCGUCGUCCCGCGCGCGACGCGACAGACUGCGCUCGAUCGCUUCGUCGCCGCGGCGCUCCGCGCGGAGGCUGCCGCCGCCGGCGGCGACGCGAUCGCGAUCGAGCCGGACGCGGCGUGGAUGAACGCGCACGUCAAGGCGCGGCGACGCGCGGUGACGCGCGCGCGCGAGGCGGAGGCGCGCGUGCACGCGAGGUCGACGAGUAAGCUUGUGUACCGGAGCCUUUCGACGGCGGCGUUUAAGACGACGACGGCGGCGGACGCGGGCGCGGACGUCGCCGCCGCGGUCGCCGCGGUCGCCGCGGUGGGCGGCGACGACGCCCCCGCGGGCGAUGAAGAGGAGGAAGAAGGAGGAGGAGGCGGCGGCCCGGCGCGCGCGACGGCCGCGGACAGAGCGGCCGCGGCGACGGCCGCGUCCGUCGCCGCCGCCGCCGCGCGCGCAGUGGCGAAAGACGCGGGCGCGGGCGCGACGCUCGCGGGGUUCCUCCCCGCCGUCCCCGGAUCGCUGCUGCAGCGGUACGUCAGCGAAGCCGCCGCACGCGUGGAUCUGACGCGCGCGAGGGUCGUACGCGGCGACGCGUCGCUGGCGUUCUUCUACGCCGCGGCGAAGCGGACGCGGCCGGACCCGCCGGGAGGGGAAGAGGGGCGGCGACGCGCGGCGGCGCGCGAAAUCGCCGCCGCCGUCGUCGCCGCCUCGGCGGCGGCGACGACGGCGUCCCCCGCCGCGAACGCUCCGCGCGAUGCCGUCCCCGGGCACCCCGACGUCGUUGCCGCGGUGACACGCUUCGUCGCGACGUACCUCACCCCGCUCGUGGACGUCGGCGUGCUGACGUCGGCGCGCGGGGACGAAGUUUUGGAGAAGGUUGUUCGAAAGGUGAUGGCGCGCAAGGCGUCGCGCGAGAGGGACGCGUCGUUUUUGGACGACGCGCGGGAGGCGGAGAAAAUUAGGGAGCUCGCGAGGGCGUACGUGCAGAUGGGGCGGGGGGGCGGCGGCGUGGAUAAUCCGAAGAAGAAGCGCCGGCGGGCGUGA